GUCUGGGUGAAUAUCCUCUUCCUACUUUGCAUUUGUCUCUGAGGCCCAGCAGUGCAUGGUAUUCAUGCAGUUCAUAUUAACUGUGUAAAGAGGAAGGAAGAGCUUGAACACAUUUGUUCGAGUUAUUAUCUUAAACUGCAGGCAAAGACGUUUCCACUGACUUUUUCUGUCACACCAGCUACCUCCUUCACAAACAACGCCCUGAGAGAAACAAAUUAUGAAUCUUAGAACAGCUGCAGGAGGCUUUGUAGCUUUCCUUCUGUCAGUACCAGCAUUACAGGGUUACUCUUACUGGGCAGUUACUUACCCAUCAAUCAAUAUCUGCGCUUUGAGAGGAUCAACAGUUGAAAUCCGCUGCAAUUAUGAACACCCUUCCGGAAAUACAGUGGAGAAAAUACUGUGGUUUACUAAUAAACACAAUAAGCCAGUUGAUCUGAGAGAUGAUACAGACUAUACAGGUCGUGUUGAUUACCGCUGUGGAGAGCAAAGCUGUGGGUCCUACAGCUGUACUGGAACUUGUACACUGAGCAUCAAAGACCUGAGACAGAGUGACUCUGCUGAAUACAAGUUUAGGAUUACAACAAACAAUGGAGGGAAAUAUAGUGGUGUCCCUGGAGUGAAGUUAUCUGUGACAGAUAUCCAGAUGGAAGUGGUCAUUCGUCCUAGCAGUCUUAACCCGGUACAGCUGGAAUGUCACAGCAUGUGUGAUUCAACUGGUCUGACGUACAACUGGUACAAAAAUGGAAUUCAUCAACAAUAUCAAGGAAGGUUUCACUGGUUCUACAUUAACUCAGACUACAGUGCUUCAUGUGCUGUUCAAGGAUCCAAACAUCUCCGCUCUCCAUCAGUCUACGCUCCAGAGACCCCCUCAGUGGGAUGGACUCCCCCUGGUGUAAUAAAGGAGGGCAGUUCAGUGAAUCUGACCUGCACCAGCGAGGCCAACCCAGUAGCAAAGUACACCUGGACCAAGGUUACUACAGAUCAUUCCCCCGGACACACUGACCAAGGACAACAGCUUUCCUUUCAUUCCAUCCAGUCUUCACACUCUGGACAAUAUCUCUGCACAGCUGAGAAUGACCUAGGGACAAAACCUUCCUCCCGAAUCUCUAUUGAUGUGAAAUAUGGGCCUAAAAACACAUUUGUGAGACCAAGUCCCCCUGGUGAAAUAAUGGAGGGAGGUUCAGUGACUCUGAGCUGCAGCAGUGAUGCCAACCCAGCAGCUGACUACACCUGGUUCAAGGACAACCAACCUCUGCCCUGGGAACCAAGGCGACCUUAUACCUUGGACUCAGUCAGCUCUAAAGACAGGGGAACGUACCGCUGCCACGCAGAGAACCAAUAUGGAUAUCUGGGCUCCAACUCGGUCUUCAUAGAUGUCCAGUGUGAGCGGACGACAAUAAUAAGAAAAAACUUAAAGUUAAAUAACGCUCCAAAGACCCCCUCAGUGAGCGUGAGACCCCCUGGUGAAAUAAAGGAGGGAGGUUCAGUGACUCUGAGCUGCAGCAGUGAUGCCAACCCAGCAGCUGACUACACCUGGUUCAGGGAACAUGGAGGCUCAGUGGAAGAAUUAGGAGAGAACUACACCAUCAGUAACAUCACAACUGAGCUUGGAGGAAAUUAUUACUGUGAAGCUCGUAAUGCAGUUGGACUUCAGAAUUCAACUUUGAUGUUCCUUAAUGUGACAGCCACACCACCAUCUCCAUCAUCACCAUCAUCAAUGUCUACAACUGUGGCAGCAGGAACUGUAGCUGUUUUACUGGCCACCAUGCUCCUCGUCAUCUUCCUCUGGAUGAGAAGAAAGAGGGCUUCUAGGAAAGCGCGUGGCCAGGGAGGAAGGCCAGAUACCAGGGAGGAGUCUCCUCCGUGUCCUGUGUAUUACAACGUCUCAGCUCUGACCAAUCGCUCGGCUUCUGCAGCACAGAGAGAACCAAUAGAAGAGCAGGAUGACCCUCACUAUGCCAGCAUCCACAUCUCUCGCUCUAAGAACCAGGAAGUGCCUCGUGGGUUUGCUGGUUCUCUGGUAGAGUCUGAUCAUACAGAGCAGGUCCUUUACUCUGCCAUCAACCUUAAAAGACCCAAGGCUGUCCCUGAAAGAAAGAUGGCUUCCAGAAACCAUGUGCCCAGGGAGGAAGGCCAGACACUGGGGUGGAGCUCUGACUAUUCGAUCGGCUCAGAGAGCACGGAGAGAAGCAAAGGAAGGGCAGGAUGACCUUCACUAUCCACCCACAUCUCUCGCUAAGAGAACCGAAAGUGCCUCAACGUCCUGUGGGAUCCCCCCGUCAGAUCAGAUCAGAUAGACCAGGUCCUUUACUCUCUGGUCUACUCUCCAAGACCCAACGCUGUCCCUGGGGACACUGACCAGACCUCGGAAUUGUAAAGCAUACUUUAUUUAGAUGAUGAGUGAUCUGCAUCAUAGUGCUAUGGAUUGAUCCUGGUCAAAUCAUGAAAUGCACAAGCCUAACCCAGGUUUGAAAAACACGUGUUUAGCUUUAUGGGUUUUAUAUCUACAUGCUAUUGUAUGAUUCAUUGGCCAUUUUGGGCGACCAGGUUAUAGCAAUCUUGCAACCACCACCACUACCAAAAUCUGAUAGGAGUGAGUGGGAAUGGUUUGUGCAAGACAGUGACAACCUGAACUGCUGUAUAUGCCUCCCCUAAAUGAAUACAAAAGUUGGGCGGCACUCAGUUGAAUCUACACCACCUGCUCAUUGCCUGAAUGUACUGCACAUGUGAGGGGAGGUCUUAAUGAGAGCUCAACCUACUCAACUUGUACAUUGGUUUGUAUGGUAGAUAGCUCCCUCUAUAGGCUACAUACAGCUAUUGCACAUAUUUCCACUGCUUGGCUGAUUUGGUUACCAGGUCACCUGCUGAUGUGAUACACCUGUCAAUUAUGUAGUAAAGCCAGGCACUGGAUAUGAUCAGAAGAAAUUAUUUAAUUAGUCUGACUAUUAUAUUAGAUUUAUAAGUAAGACUAGAGAUAUCCUGGUUUUCAAAAAAUAAAUUAUACUGUUUUUCCUUAAUGGGGUACCCUUUAAUGUUUUGGACCAAAUCACUAUUUACCAUUUUGGAUUUAUUCUUCCAAAGAAUUGUAAGGGUUGAAAUUUUAUCAUGUCAACGCCAUUUAACAACUCCCGUUCGAAAAACGAACAACUUGUAGCCCCCCACACACACAAACACACACACACACACACACACACACACACACACACACACACACACACACACACACACACACACACACACACACACACACACACACACACACACACACACACACACACACACGCACACACACACAAAAUAAUAAAUGUGGAAGGCUUGUAUGGGACUCGGGUGCGGGGUUGCAAAAAAUGAUGACCAUCCUGAUAACGGGACCACACAAAACAAUGAGAGAAAAAUUAUGGACCGAACGAGAAAUCGAGAGAAAGACGGAAAAACAAAUGAUGGAGGGAUAAACCAUCCUGACCACGUGAUACACAUGAUGAAAAUGAUGUUGAGAACAUCAGACACCCAAAAUAGAGGAUGAGAAAAACAAUGGAGAAAACGAGGUAAUCGAGAAAAAAGAGUAUGAAUUUAAUUGUACUUUUCAUCUUCCAUCUCUCUGUCUCUCUGGGAGGCCCACCCAACUGACAAACAUGGCCAACGCUUUUCACUGUUUAGUCUGUUUUUUUCUGAUAUUGAAAAUGUACAGCUCUGAUCUGAUGGAUUUCAACCUCUCUAUUUUGCUCAAUAUAUCAAUCGUUUAUGUGUAGGAAUCAGAAUCUUGUUAAAUAAAUAUGUAUCACGAAGAA